GCCAAUAGCGAGAUCAUGUUUGGUUAUUAUCCUCGCUAUACAACGGUGCAUAUCUUGUGCGAAAAUGCACCACAAGUCAUAAGCUGUGACGGACCCUCGUUUCUGUGUUACAGUAUUAAAAAUCAAAAAGUUUUCGAAACUAAACAGGACCCUCGUUUCUGUGUGUAACAGUGCUGUGUCUUCCUUUUUGUCGUCAUGGCAUGCGAGUCUCCCUCAUCCAGAUGUCCGAUUCGUCCCAUCGGCAAUUGCUCCGGCGCGUACUGCACAAGUCAUAAGCUGUGACGGACGACUUUCGUCGGCACUGCCGUACUUGACCGUAUAAUUCCGCUCGUCGUUGCUUCGGCGCCAAUCACCCAGAACAGAUUCCCUCAGAUAAUCCGAUGGUUGACGCACAAACCAUGUCUGAUUAUGGCGGGAAUUAGCCAUUAACUAAUCAUUCUUGUUCGAAGGCUGCCUCACUAAUUAAUAUCGGCGGAGUCCGGGAUUGCCACCAGUUCUCCCGCGCGGGCGCGUGCAUUCGCUCGUGCAUGGCUACGGCUACGGCACACGGGGGAGAAGUUGCGAGCGGCGGGCGACGGCGUGGCCGGAGGAACCUCAGCUGGGUCACCCUGCUCUGCUUCGGCAGCCAGGAGGCGUUGCCGGAGGGGACGACGACGACACCGUGGGAGACGUCGCGGCGGCGCCGGAGGAAGAAGCGCACCGUCCGGCCGGUGGACGGCGACCUGGUCGGGACGGCGGCUGAUUCGGCGGUGAUGAGGCGCGGCACCGGCGAGGAGGAGUCCUGGAAGCGGAAGGGCCAGGGGCUUCGUCUCCCGGGAUGCUGCUUCUUGGCGCCUGCACGCGAGAACACCGCCAUGGACAGCAGCGGCGGCGGCCGCAGCAAACAACGGCACCCAGAGCGCACGGAGCAGCAGCAGCCGCCACCGCCGCGGCGGCGGCGGCGGUCACAAAGCGAUAAGAACUCACCGUCCGAGGCGUCGCGGAUCCAAGCCACCGGUGACAGCAACAGCAACGGCGGCAGCUCCCGCGGAGCGGAGCAGCCCCGGCCGGGUGCUCCUCCGGCCGAGACGACGCGAACGGCCACCAACACCAAGCCGAGCAAAACCGGGGCCGGCGGCGGCGUGGGCGCGUUCGGUCCUGUGGUGGGGCUGUCCGUGGUGAUCGCGGUGUCCAUGGCGGGGCUGCUCGGCGGGCGGCUCUGGGCCGUGGCCUGCGUGUGCGCCUGGCUAGUCGCCCUGUCCAGGCUUCGGCAGCAGACGGCGGCAGGCGACGGCGCCGAGGAGGCGGCGGUUGACGACGUGGAGGACUCGACAGAUCACAAGAAACGGGUCGUGCUCCGGGGGCUGCUCGAGCGGGAUCGGAGGAAGGCCGUGACGGCGGCAUAAACCGUGCGCUGUGUACGAUCAUGAGAUUUUCACGAAAUUUGUUGUCACGCUACACGAAGCGUCGAAACCGAGAUGUCUUCUCUGCGUAAACACGGGGAACAAAAGUGCAUGGCUGACGGCGAAGUCUGUGUUAGUACUGACUCUUUUUUUUCCUGAUAAACCCUGACAGAAAGUACUGUUGGCUGAUUUAUUGUUAGAGAAAAAUACUGCUAAAUGGUCGGUAGAUUCGGCUGAUAAGCCCCAACGAACGAGGCCAGCCGGUAACACUAACACAUUCCUAGCUUGUUUUCUCCCAAAAUAAAUCUAACCUGUGUUCUAUUUCUCAUGACCAUAAAUAUAAAAUUUUUGUCUAGCUAUUAGAGUUGUGAGCUUAUAUCACUCCGCCGCCUGGUCAUCCGACUAGGGUAACUCAGGCGUCUCUAACUGGUUGGAGAGAUAUAAAUAUAUCAAAGAAGUUGAAUUGCC